GGACACGGACGGUUCCGCAGCACGCCCCUUGCCCAGCGCCACUGACCCCUGGGCAGCUUCAGGGAAGGGGUCCCGAUCAAGGACAACGAUCUGCGGUCAUGGCUGAGGCCGCGGAGCCUGAGGGGGGUGCCCCGGGUCCCCAGGGGCCGCCGGAGGGCCCCCCACUGGGUGAGAGAUCCGGAGAGUCUGGAGCCGCGGGCGGGGGAGCAGAGGAGCGGGAGGCGAGCGAGGGCGCAGAGGAGGCGACCAGGGACGCCGCCGCGGUGAAGGAGGCGGGAGGCGGCGGGCUGGACAGAGUCCGGGGACCCGAGGCGCAGGGCACCGGAGCGGCGCAGGGCGAGGCGGAGGCGGAGGAGGGAGCCCCGGAGGGCGCCGAGGUGCCCCAGGGAGGGGAGGAGGCGAGCGGCGCGCCGCAGGUGGAGGGGGCGAGCCCCGGGCGCGGCGCGCAGGGCGAGGACCCGGGGGAGGCUCAGGGGGCGCCGGGAGACUCCACGGUCACCGAAAGGCAGGAGGAGGCGGAGCACCGGCCCGAGGCGUCGGAAGGCAGUGCGCCGGGGGCGUCGGGGGACAGCGUAGACCCUGAGGGCCCUGAGGGGGACACAGGAGACGCGGAGCGCCCGGCGGGGAACAGCGUAGAAGCGGAGAGUCGGGCGGGGGACAGGGUAGACACGGAGGGCCUGGCGGGGGACAGUGUAAACGCGGAGGGUCCGGCGGGGGACAGCUUAGACUUGGAGGGCCCGGCGGGGGACAGCGCAGACUUGGAGGGCCCGGCGGGGGACAGCGUAGACUUGGAGGGCCCGGCGGGGGACAGCGCAGACUUGGAGGGCCCGGCGGGGGACAGCAUGGACGCCGAGGGUCCAGCAGGAGGGGCGCGCCGGGUCUCGAGUGAGCCUCAGGAGGGAGGGGACCGCAGCCUCCCGCCCCAGGCCGAGGAGAUUGAGGUCGCAGCGGGGGAGAGCGAGGGGCACAGCCUGGGGGAGCUCGCUCGGGACGUGGCGGAGGAGGCCGAGGCCCCUGGGGAAAAGGGGUCCGAGGAAGAGGCUCCCGGGGACGCGAGGGCAGACGCUGGCGAAGACAGGGUCGGGGAUGGGCCCCAGCAGGAGUUGGGGGAGGAGGAGGAGAGGCGAGAGCAGAGCCCGGAGGGGCCCAGUGAGGAGGCCGCAGCCGGGGGCGAGGAGGAAUCCACCGACUGCUGCCCAGACCGGGAGGCCUCCAGGGGCGCCGCCGAGGCCCAGGCCCAGCUCAGCAACCACCUGGCGGAGGAGGGCCCCACGGAAGGUGGCGACGAGGCCGCGCGGGUAAACGGCAGCCGGGAGGACGGAGAGCGGUCCGAGGAGCGCGCCCCGGGGCAGGAGCACGACAUCACCCUCUUUGUCAAGGCUGGUUAUGAUGGUGAGAGUAUCGGAAAUUGCCCCUUUUCUCAGCGUCUCUUUAUGAUUCUUUGGCUGAAAGGUGUUAUAUUUAAUGUGACGACAGUGGACCUGAAAAGGAAACCCGCAGACCUGCAGAACCUGGCUCCUGGAACAAACCCUCCUUUUAUGACUUUUGAUGGUGAAGUCAAGACGGAUGUGAAUAAGAUCGAGGAGUUCUUAGAGGAGAAAUUAGCUCCUCCGAGGUAUCCCAAGCUGGGGACCCAACAUCCCGAAUCUAAUUCCGCAGGAAACGAUGUGUUUGCCAAAUUCUCCGCAUUUAUAAAAAACACGAAGAAGGAUGCAAACGAGGUUUAUGAAAAGAACCUGCUGAAGGCCCUGAGGAAGCUCAAUAAUUACUUAAAUAGCCCUCUGCCUGAUGAAAUAGACGCCUACAGCACGGAGGACGUCGCUGUUUCCGGAAGGAAGUUUCUGGAUGGGGAUGAACUCACGCUGGCUGACUGCAACCUCUUACCAAAGCUCCAUAUUAUUAAGAUUGUGGCCAAGAAGUACAGAGAUUUUGAAUUUCCUUCUGAAAUGACUGGCAUCUGGAGAUACUUGAAUAAUGCUUAUUCUAGAGAUGAGUUCACAAAUACGUGUCCGGCUGAUCAAGAGAUUGAACACGCAUAUUCAGAUGUUGCAAAAAGAAUGAAAUGAAA